GUGUUAUCAUCGAGCACUGCAGCUCUUCUCCCGGUAUGUCAUCUUGUGUCUUGAAUUGACAGUCUCUAAAUUAAUUAACGUUUUGGGCGUUGUUCCCCCCAACGCAUGCGUGAAGCACCAAAAGCUCCACCUGCGUGCCCGUUUGAAAGUGUCUCUUUCUGAGCUAAAUUAGCUCAAUAGAGCCGCUCAUUGCAUGUCCACACCGAUAAUUGUCCUCGAAGUAUGCAACAAAGAGAAGCUUCUAAAACACGUAACGCUCAAAGUGUUCACCGAGCAGCCCCGGUACCGGCCGCAUCAUGGCCGAGAGAGCCAACAAAGACAAACUCAGACGCGGUGUGUCGUUGUCCAAGAGUGAGAAGAAGAAAGGCAACGUCCGAGCUGGGCUUUCUGCCAGUGCUGCUGCCACCACAUCUCCAAUCACCUCGUUCUUCAGCAGCCGGCCUCCACCGAAGCUGGCCUGCCCUCUGUGUGGCCAGUUUGUACCAAGAUUUAAGAUCAAUGAGCACAUUGAUUUGCAAUGUCAGAACUUUGAGAGAGGAGACAGCAAUGUAGCCUCAGCAAGUAAUAGCGUUGUGCCAAGCAUCCAGCUGUCACCCAGAAGGACUCCCCCAAAGCCCCCACGGCUGGAUCCAGAGAAUGAAGAAGAGGUCAAAGAGACCAAGACCAGCCCUUAUUUCAAAAAGAGUAACUCUCAGCAGGCACCACGAGAGAUAAGAAGUAAAAGUGUGGUCAGGGCGAUUGACCUGGGAAGUCUCUCCUCCAAGUUAUCUGGGAAAUGUCAUAAGGUACCUGAGAGCACACAGACGGAGGAUAAACAUUCGCCAAUGUGUUCUGAGACACUCAGGAGCUCACAGAAAGAAAAUCUUCAAAGUUUAGAAGACAACAAAGAUUGUGUGACAGUCAUUGACCUUACAGAAGCUAGUGUCGAUACUCCGACAGCACUGGAAGAUCCACCGUGUUCAGAUAAAGGACGCAAUCUCCAACAGAAAGCAUCUAAAUCUAAAUCAGAGACUGUCCCAAUACGGGUUGCUCCAACGAGGUACUCUUCUUCCUCCAAACUCUCAAAGAGAAAGAAGGAAACAACUUCCUCUAGCAAGGUGUCUGAUUUCAGAAAGAAAGCAAAAUAUGAGGGAAGCGGCGGGGAGCCAGAUGAGUUGUUAUCAGAGGCAGCUGAUACAGACCGGCUUAAAACUGAGGUACCUUCUUCCAGUACUUGUGACGGACCUUUGAGUUCAGAGGAAACAUGUGAGAAAAGUGCUGCGGCAGCGAUUAAUCGUGAGUCCCUGGCCGAGUCUGGUCCUGAGAACGCCGCUAGUAGUGACCAGGAGAGCUCUCAGCCCCCCUGGCUUCCUUACUACCUCCGUAACUUCAAGACUGUACUACAAGCUGUCCUGGAGAAUGAGGACGACAGGUCAUUGUUCAACCAGGACGACAUGUCACUCGUGCAUGCGUUUGAGAAACUCUCAGUUAUGGGGCAGAAGCUGUAUGUGAGACUCUUUCAGAGGAAACUGAAGUGGCUUCAAGUAAAUAAACUGGAUUAUGAAGAGAUCAACAGUGAUCUGGGACCUGUUGCUCAGGAGUUGGUUCAAGGUGGUUUCCUACAAUCAGAGAGUGAUCUUCAGGAUUUGGGGGAGGCCCUGGAUCUCCUUCCUGCUCCUGAACUCAAAGCUCUGGCUAAGACUUUCCAUCUGGGCAAUUCUGGGACUCAGAAACAGCAGCUAGUGGACAGACUCCUCCGUCUGAGCAGACAAAAGUGCCUCUUCUCUUUGACCCCUGCUCAGGCCAACAUAGGGGCUGUCAUCCUCAAAAGGGCAAAGCAGCUUUCAAGUUCCUGUGUGCGCCUGCGUCGUGGUCCUCGAGCUGUCUUUUCUCGUAUCCUUCUCCUCUUCUCUCUGACGGACACGUUGGAUGAAGAGGAGACAGCGGCUGGUGGGCAGAGCCAGCUCUUCACCAUCCUGCUGGUUAACUCAGGACGCCUGGCCUUCCCAGACUAUACGGUGCAGCGUAAAGCCAAAGUGUUCCAGGACAGAGACGAUCUUAUCAGGUAUGAAGCGUCCAUGCGAGCUCUGCAAGAGGUAGUCUCAGCUAUGCAGGGAGGUCAGUGGGAAGAAGCCAUGGAGCUUUACACUGCUGCCAAAAGUGUCUGGCAGGAGCUGAGGAAAAACCACGACCUCAGUCUCCAGGAGGAGCUGCCUGCUUUCCUGCGCAGCUUCUCUACGGGAUGGGCUUACACUCGGAUCUUAUCCAGAGGGGUGGAGAUCUUGCAGAGGCUACGUCAUUACGAGGAAGCAGUAGAGGAGCUGCGCUCUUUACUGUUGCAGUUUGUUUACUGUCCUGACAGCCGAGGGAAAUGGUGGGACAGACUGGCACUAAACCUUCACCAGCACCUAAAAAAACCUGAGCAGGCUAUUUGUGCUAUCAGAGAUGGGCUAUCGGACCCUCUGGUGCGAACUGGACCUAAACUUUCUCUUCACCAGAGAGCUGUUAGGAUGAACGAGUCUGCCAGCUUGAAGAAGUAUCGCCUUCAACUCAAAGACCUGCCCACUAUCCAAGUGCAAGAUGUCACGCAUGUGACGAUCCGGGGACAGCUGUUCCCUCAUGAGGGGGGCAUGGGGAAAUCCAAGUUUCUUUUACAAGCAAAUGGUGAAGGGGAAGAGAGUGCUGAGACCACUGUCAUAUGUUCUGUGGAAGAGCUGUCUUUAGCACAUUACCACCAGCAAGGCUUUGACCAAGGGAUCCAUGGAGAAGGCUCAACAUUCUCAACAUUGUUUGCUCUUCUGCUUUGGGACAUCAUUUUUAUGGAGGGUAUUCCAGAUGUUUUCAGGAAUCCGUACCAGACAUGUCCACUGGAUCUUUACACUGACUGUUUCUAUGAGAACAGAAAAGAGGCGAUCGACAGCCGCGUGCAGUUACUCAGUGAGUCGUCGGUGGAGACUCUGCACGCCAUGUUGGAAGAUGUUUGGACCUCCCAGGAGGGUAAAGUGUGUUCACUCGUCAGCUGGGAGCGUUUCUCAUCCCUUAAACAGGCACAGUCUCUCGUGUCGUGCCUGGGCGGAGCCUUCUUAGGAGGGAUAGUAACACGAAUGUCCAAAGACUACAGACACUGCCGUGGAGGUUUGCCUGAUCUGGUGGUGUGGAACACCUCAAACAACAGCUACAAGCUGGUAGAGGUGAAGGGGCCCACUGACCGGCUUUCCCAGAAACAACAAAUAUGGCUGGAUGAGCUGCAGAAGCUGGGGGCUGAUGUGGAAGUGUGUCACGUGACGGCAACUGGAGCCAGAGGAGCUCGUCUGGAAUAAACUGACGCGGAAGAACUGACUGAUAAGAUGUUGCUGCCAAUUCAUCAGAGUGUGGUCCAAAAUGAAAACACCAUUAGACAGAAACAAAGAAACAAGAAAAGAUCUGGGAGAACAUAUGUUGAUGUUUACCUGAAUAAUGCAGGACAAGACAUACGACCAAAGGCCACACCAAAGUGAUGGUGUUUCCUUUUAUUUGGCAACACGAUAUUCUCAGGAUUUCAGGUUGCCAAGCAACGAAAACUCACUUUUAGUUGGCUGCUUAUAAAUUGUAUGACAGCUCUAAAAGUUUGUUCUACAAGUAAUUACGGUGAUAAUAUGGCUAUAAAUAUGCUGCUUUCUCACUACUCUACCUGAGAAUUUUAAUAAUAGGGCUGCAAUCAAUGCUUAUUUUCAUUAUAGAUUAAAUUGCUGUUUGUUCUCUCCUAUAGCAUUACUUGAUUAAUCGUUUGGUCUAUAAAUGUCAGAAAAUUGUGAGUAUUACAAUGUCCUAGAGCCAAAAGUGUCACCAUCACAUUGCUUGUUUGGUGCGAAACUACAACAGCCAUUACAUUGGAUGAAGACGGGCUGCACGUCCUCACAGUUAAGACGCUGGAACUUGGGAGUGUUUUUGGCAUUUUUGUUUAAAAAGGCUCAUACUGGUUGCCAACUUUUAUUUAUUUUUUAUUACAAAACUAAAUAGUAUUAACUGCCACUGAACCUUUUUAAUA